AAAAUCACAAGAUCCAUCUUCAGACCCAUAAAGAUGGAGAAGAAAAAGCGCCUUGUUUAUUCCAUCAUCCAGUAUCUGCAUGACCAGCUGCAGCAUGGAGGCCUCUCUCCCGAUGCCCAGCAGAGUUUGGAAGCUUCAAUCCAGUGCCUGGAGACAGCUUUUGAGGUGACUGUUGAAGACAGAGAUCUAGCUGUGUCACAGACUCUGUCAGAAAUAUUUCAAGCUUUUACAGGAAAAAAAGAGAUGCCCUCCAUCCGUAGGAAUUGUGAUCCCGUCCCCCACCAUGGUGAAGCUAUAACUGAAGCUGAGAGACUCAAGGCUGAAGGGAAUGAACAAAUGAAAAUAGAAAACUUUGAAGCAGCAGUCUCUUUCUACGGAAAAGCAAUUGAAUUAAAUCCAGCUAAUGCAGUGUAUUUUUGCAACAGAGCUGCCGCCUACAGCAAACUUGGAAAUUAUGCAGGUGCCGUGGAAGACUGUAAAAGAGCCAUUGGCAUAGACCCCUACUACAGCAAAGCCUAUGGCAGGAUGGGUGUAGCGCUUUCAAGUUUGAAGAAGCACAAAGAAGCUGUAGGCUACUAUAAGAAGGCCCUGAAGUUUGACCCAGACAAUGUUACGUACAAAUCAAACCUCAUGAUCGCUGAGCAGAAAAUGAAAGAAAGGCCCAGCACUACAAGAGGCCCUGUAGGUUGUAACCUAGCUGGCCUGCUGCAUAACUCAAGCUUCAGGAGUGUGGCAUCAAACCUCAUGAAUAAUCCUCAAAUACAAGAAAUCAUGGCUGGGGUGAUGGCAGGUGGCUACAAUCCUUCGGCAGCUGCCAGAGCCAGCCGUUCUUCAAAUGUGGGCCCCGGCUUGGUCGGGAGAGGCCAGCACAUGCAGCAACAAAAUCCAGAGUGGAUAGAACAGCUCAGAAGCCAGGUUAGGAAUUGCAACUCCACUGUCAGCAAAAAUAACCAGGAGUAA